UAUUCAAGAUGCCCACCUAUUUCUAUUUUUUAUUGACGCUUCUUAAGUCAAUAAAUUUGUCAUUUGGGGAUGCUGAUAGAUCACAUGAAUUAGAACCUGAUAAUAUUAAUUGCCCAGUAACUACAUUUCCGAGACCCCCAUUUUGUAGAAAACCCUGUAGCCAUCAAGAACAAUGCCGAAGAGGGAAUAAACUUUGUCUUUGCGAUGGCGAGUGUGGACUUAGCUGUAUUUCAAAAUGUUUGUAUGUUAAAAUUUUUGAUAGACUCCAAAUUGUGAGGUCCCUCUUUAUCUCUAAAUUUAUAGCAAUUAAUUGCCACCCGCUUGUUGAUCUUCCAAAUGGAUAUAUUCAGACACCAACAGGAUUCCUUUUUAACUCUAUUGCCGAAUAUGGAUGUGAUUUGGGUUAUAUUUUAAUUGGCCCGUCACAACGUAGAUGUCAAGGAAAUAAAGAAUGGUCAGGUUCUCGACCUGUUUGUCGACCCCUUUUAAAGUGUGGUCCUCCACCAGAAAUCCCCUAUUCAAUUUACAAGCUUUCUCCAACCUCCUCUAUUAACGAAGAAAAUGAAUUGGACUCGGAAGCUCAUUAUAGUUGCAUUUCUGGAUAUAGGGAUACAAGCCAAACAAAAAAUAAAAUUAAAUGUUCAUUAAAUAAUAAAGGAAUUGCUUUUUGGGAAGAACCAAAAAUUGUUUGCAAAGCCCAAGAAUGCCAGGAUCCUGGAAUUCCUCUAAAUGGAUUCCGUUCAGGCGAUAAUCUUCAAUUUCCACAUACAAUCGAGUUUUCCUGUGCUCCCGGAUUUAAUUUAAUUGGAUCGGCACAGAGAAUGUGUACAAGUGUUGGGGAAUGGAGCGGGGAACAACCAUUAUGCAAGCCUAUUGAAUGUCCACGGCCUACCGAUCCUCUACAUGGUGCCGUUAUUGGAUCUUCUUUAAGUUUUCAAUCUGUAGUUACUUACUCCUGCAAUGAUGGUUAUAGACUUGUCGGGCAGGCAAGUUAAGUAAUUCUAAGAAAAUACUCCGACAUUCUCUUAAGGUCCAAAGAAUUUGUUUAGCGGAGGGGGUAUGGGCAGGACAGAAUCCUUAUUGUGAAGAGAUCAAAUGCCCCCCAUUGCCGAUAAUUUGGAAUGGUUAUGUUGAGGGAGAUGAUACUAGUUAUGGAUCUAUUGUGGUCUUUCGAUGUUUUGAAGGGGUUUGGGUAUUUCUUAAACUGGGUACAGCC